AUGAAUGAAGAAACUUCCCCAUUGCUUGGUCGACAGAAGUUUACUACAAGAUGGACUUCGGUUUACUUGUUAUCUCUUCACACUUUCUUUAUCUCUCUUGCGUUCUCCUUACUCAAUACACCCCUGUCACAACUGAUUGAAGAUAAUCUUUGCCGUCGAUAUGCGCACGAGCGUACUGUUGCGCAGGGAUUUUGCAAGAGCGACUAUAUCCAACUCGAGUUAGCUAACAUAAAUGGAUACAUUCCCGUUAUGGAAGCAGUAGUCAGUCUGACGACGGCUUUUCCAUUCGGGCUCUUGGCCGAUAAAAUCGGUCGCAAGCCCAUUCUUUACCUUUCAUUGCUCGGAUGCGCAUUUUGCAAGCUGUGGCAACUCGCUAUUCUCGCCUUUCCAUCACACCUACCAGUCGAAUACGUAUUGACGGGUCCUUUAUUUCUUAUCGUGGGUGGUGGACCAGCUGUCCAACUCGCUAGUCUGAACUCCAUCGCGUCGGACUUGGCGACGAGAUCAGAUAGAGCAUCAACGUUCUUCAUGUUAACAUUCGGUCUACUAUCCGGCGGCGCCGUUGGUCCGUUCAUUGCCUCUGCGCUCAUGAGCUCACAUUCAUCCUGGAUCCCAAUCCUUGUCAGCAUCAGCACAUGGCCAAUCGGCGCCGCCAUUCUGAUGUACGUACCAGAAACACUACUAGCCUCCAAGCAGGACCCAAUCCCCGAGAUAAGCCACGAUCCAUUAGCAUUGAAACGCAACUUUUGGAAAUCACACAUUUCACAAUCCAUUCUACUUUAUAAGGAGUCCCUCGCCUCAUUAAGAUCCCCCUCUGCCAUCAUCAUCAUCGCCAUCAACCUCAUGGAAAUGCCCGAGUAUAACGCCACCUCCUCAUUUCUUACGCAGUUUGUCAGUAAGCGAUUUAACUGGAGCUUUGCAGAUACGGGUUAUCUCAUUGCUAUGCGUGGAGUCAUACAUAUGACUGUUCUGCUGGUUGCACUUCCGUUGUUGUCUACGCUGUUAUCACGAUGGCAGCAGCCCAAUGUGAGGGACUUGACACUUGCACGGCUCUCUGCUGCUGUGGCGGUUAUCGGGGCGCUUUGGAUGGCCGCUUCGCGAGUGAAUGUUGUGAUUGUGGGACUGGCGCUUCAGAGUCUAGGGGGAGGUAUGACUCCCUUAUGUCGUUCUUUGGCUCUUAAUUAUGUCCCGUCAUCGGAUAUUUCUAGAUUGAAUACCUUGAUUGGGAUUGUGGGGACGGCGGGCUCAUUACUGGGUGGGCCGGUGCUUACUUGGUUAUUUGAUGUUGGCCUGACAAAGGGUGGUUUUUUGGUUGGACUUCCAUACUUGGUUUUUGCAGCGUCGUUUCUGUUAUGUCUUGUGGGGUUACUUGUUGUGCAAGCUCCUAUGUCCAGGGACGACGAUGAACCUCUUUCUAUAACAGAGAUAGAUGAGUCGCGUCCUUGCGCGUCUCCGUCUCUUGCCGUGUCUUCUUCUCUCAAAAUUCAAGAUCAUCGGGAAAUUUCAAUAAAAAUGGCAACUCAAGAUUCACGAGGUAUUUUGUUCACACAUACCCAGCACCAGCAAGGAUUUCGACUCCUGGAACUCUCUCCAGAGCUGGACGCAUUACUCACCUCCAAAGAUGCUUCUGUAUUGGAACUCAAGUCUCCUUCAGCCGCCCUGGCACAAGCAAUAGUCGAUCCCAGUGCCCCGGAAUACGUCAACCUUUGUACCCCCACCAAAACCUUUCGAAUUCGCGAGGUCCAAUCGUCCAAUUCACUCCAUAUAAUACGCCCAAGUCCUGGCCAUAUUUCUCAAGCAGAUAUCAAAGUCGUUGAGGAGGAUGGAGAUAGUGGCGCUUUGAAUCUUCCCGAUGAUUCGGUGAGCACCAUCUCUAAGUGCGGGUCCACUCUAGAGCUACAUAUCCCACCAGGAGAAUUCUCGGCGAUUCCGUUCCUGGAGAAAAGCCUGGCCCUUUAUGAUCAGCGCAGUGACGACGAUGAUGAAGGCGAUGUGAUGGACGAGUCCUCUGAUGCGCCCGUUCAUCAGGGCCCCGCUGAAGUACGAAGGUUGAGGGAUAGGGUGUGCGCGGAUAUUCCUGUAUCUGCAGCGCAAUGCGAGCAAGGCUGGACCGACAUCUGUGCAUUUGUGGAUGGGAAGCAUGAAUUGGCGUGCUGGAGACCCUCGGCGCGCAUGCGUUUGAAUGUGUGGAAGAGGCUGAUGGAGGGCGCAGUUCUGCAAGGAAUCGAUCUGGAAAAACAGUUCCUUGUUGGAGAUUUAUGGAAAUCGGUUCUUGAUGACGAUGAUAUGUCUGAGCCUUUCCCAAGGGCUUGUCUGGAGGCGGUGGUGAGAAAGCUAUGUACCGAGGAGGAGCGACCAGCGCUAGCGGAUGAGAUCAAAUGGGCAAGCUUUGAUAAAGUCGAUUGUACGCGAUGGGUAGGCGAGACCUAUCUUGCGGCCAUGGCACCUACAGAGUCUUCUGCUAUUGGACGGAGCAAUUUCCUCCGUGCAUGGAAAGACUCUCUUCCUGAGUCGUGGGGCAGUGAGGCGAAAUUGUCAAAACUACAAGAGGGGGCGUACCGGAGCCCCGAUCCUACAACAAUUUUCUUUGUGGAGCCUUCACAGCGCCAGCAGGGCCCUAAAGCUGCCGCUGCUGGUUCAGCUCCAGCGGCCAAGGCCAAAACCACAAGGAAUUGGCAUGAAUUGCUCAAAAAGCGCAAUUGA